CUCUCCCGUUAGGUCGCUAAUCUCAAAAAAGCAUACAACUGAGUUCCCGUGUCUUCCAUGGCCGUCUUGUCCGUCCCUCGGCCAGCAGCCAUCGCCGAAGCACCACCUCUCGCAUGCACUCGUCGCCAUGCCGGCGUCCAGCUUCGUCGCGCUCAGGUUGCUAGUCAUCGCCGGCUAAACGUCGCAAUGGCAGCCGUGCGGCAACCCGUGUCGCCCGAACAUGCAUCGUGGAGAGUCGAGGCGGGAAGGAGCUCGAGCUCUCAAGGCCCGCAUCCCGCCGCAGCUGGCGGCGAGAGGCUCCCAUCGCUCCCCGUGCCGCUCCUCCCCGCCGCCGUCCUUCCGCUCAUCAUGACGUCACCCGCAGCUGCAGCCACCCUGAUUUCCGAGUCGCAUCACGCGUUCGACUCACUUGCGGAUCAAAUGAUUGCCACGUCAUCAUCGAGUCAACUCCAGCCUUUCCUUGCAGCGCUGCCCAACUUGUCAACAGGCCUCAACCUUCUCCAAAACAUUGGCUUCGAAUCAGCAAUGAACACGUGGCAGGACGUUGCAUUCACGCUUCAAGACAGCGUGGACGAGUUUCUCUACCUCGCCAGCCACCUGGCCGACUCGCACGACCUGGCCGCUUUGUCGCCCGCGACUCUCGCGAUCAUUUUCGUCGCGGGGCUGCUGACGAGCUUCGCGCCGUGCACGCUCAGCCUGCUGCCGCUCACCGUCGGCUUCAUCGCCGGCUUCGACUCCGCCGCUCCCCCCUCCGCCUCACCUCCCCCGCCCUCAUCCUCCCCCCUCUCGUCCCCCCCCUCCACCGCCUCUCCCCCUCCCUGCUGCUGCUCCUCCUCCGACCCUGUCGCCCCUCUCCCCCCCGCGCCGUCCGCGCGUCCCGCCAGCGCGGCGCUCAACUGCAUUUUCUUCACGCUCGGCCUCGCCGCCACGCGCACCGCCAUGGGCGUCGCCGCGGCGCUCGCCGGCCGCCAAGCCGUGGGCGACGUGGGCGACGCGCUGCCCGCCGCCGUGUCGCUGCUCGCCAUGCUGGCCGGGCUGCACCUGCUCGGUCUGCUGCCCGUUCACCUGCCCGCGCCUCUGGCGGCGCGAUUCAGCCCCGCGGCGGUGAGCGCGCGGGUGCCCGCGCCCGUGCAGAUGCUGCUGGGCGGAGCGGCCUUCGCGUUCGUGGCGUCGCCGUGCUGCACCCCCGUGCUGGCGUCGCUGCUCGCUUUCGUUGCGUCCACCAGGGACGCAGCGACAGGCGGCGCGCUGCUGCUGAGCUACACCAUGGGCUUCGCUACGCCGCUGCUCGUCGCCGCAUCGUGCACCGGCGCGCUCAAACAGAUCUCAGCCGUCCGUCGGUACUCUGGGUGGAUCAACCCCGCAAGUGGCGUGCUGCUGCUGGGCGGAGGGGCGUAUGUGUUUGUGGGGAAGGUGCUGCCGCAUGCCGCUGUCAUGACAACCAUCAUGUGAUGUGGCAGAUGGACGUACGGUACUGUAGACUGUACACAUUGACCCGCCUAGGACGUUUAGCCUGCUGUUUCCUAGGUCCAAUGUCGCCAACAAGGCCCUGUGGUAGAUGCCUUGUUGGGAAAGCAGAGGAGUAGGGUUCCUUGUUUAGACUGGAAUUUUG